CAGAGAUGACAACCACCACCCAAAGAUAGAAAAAUGCGGAGUGAGUAGCUGUUUAACGGCACAAACAUACGCCACAAACGACGCACACUACAAAAAUGGGCUAUAUAGAAACGGAUUUUUAGCGACGGAAAUAAAUCUGUUUCUAACUGAGAUACGGAAAUGUAAUAUUCCGUCACUGAGUAAAUUUAGCGACGGAAAUUAAAUACCGUAUAUAAAACUAGAAACAGAAACACCAUUUUCGUCGCUAGUUUAGAGACGGAAAUAUAAUUCUGUAUCCGUAACUUAUUUUAUUUUUUUUAAAACAAAAUUGAGAAAAGAAAGUCAAAAAAAUUCAUUAACGCGCUGAACUUUUCAUUUUGCCCGCUAUAACCUAAAACAUUCGCUCUUCACACCUCUUCUUCUUCCCUUCUUCAUUCUAGAACUCACUUUACUCAGAAACUUCACCCAAAUUCCAGGUUCACCGACCACCGAGGAACGUUCGCCGCCUCUCUCCUCGAACACCCACGAUUCUGGUGGGUAUUUUCACGCCGCCCCCUCUCUCCUCUGAGCUUCGUGUUAGGGUUUGGUGCAUAUUGCUCAUUCUUUUUGUUCUUAAGUAGAACGAAGAGAACAAUGAUAGAUCGUGAAUGGAUGUAUAAUAGAGUAAAUGGAAAUUUUCUUAGUUCUACUUAUGCGGAAAAAGUCGACGAGUUUAUUGAAUUUUCUUGUAAGCAAGAAAAUGUUAUGAUUGACGGGCUAUUGAAAUGCCCUUGUGCAAAAUGUCGAAAUGUUCCGUAUUUGGAUCCCGAUGUUGUAAAGUUCCAUCUUUAUCAAAAUGGGUUCCGACCUAACUACCACAAGUGGACUUUCCACGGGGAAGAUGAUUUUGACAAUGAGAUUCCAACUAGUGGGUUCACCACUGUCGGAGAGACAUCUAAUCCAUAUAAGAGCAUGGUUUUAGAUGCAUUUAGACAUGAUCACCAUUUGGAAUUGGCAUUUGAAGAAUCAAUUGAUGUCGAAGAACCACUUCCUGAGUACAAGAAGUUCUUUGACAUGCUCAAAGCUGCCGAGGAACCUUUAUACGAUGGCUGCAAGUUGUCUUUGUUAUCUGUUGCCGCAAGGAUAACUAACCUCAAAUGUGAGUACAACAUGCCAAAUAAAGCCAUAGACGAUGUUGCAUCGUUGGUAAAGGAAAUUUGUCCUGAAAUUAACUACAUGACAGACACUUUCUCCAGAACUCGAAAGUUGCUUGAUGGACUUGAGCUGCCUCACCAUAGGAUAGAUGUAUGUCCUAAUGGAUGUAUGUUGUUUUGGAAGGAGCAUAAAGAUCUUAAUGAAUGUCUUAUUUGUAAAGCAAAUCGAUAUAAGACUUCAAGGUCAAAAAGCAAAAGAAGUCUGAGAAAAGUGUUGUUUUACUUGCCCAUUGCUCCAAGGCUGCAAAGGUUAUAUGCCACAAAGUCCACGGCGGAACAAAUGAGAUGGCAUGCAGAAAAUCCUCGAGUGGAAGGGGUAAUGUCUCAUCCAAGUGAUGGUGAAGCAUGGAAACACUUUGAUGAAUCUUUUCCAUCUUUUGCUGAAGAGCCACAAAAUGUUCGACUUGGCCUUUGUACUGACGGGUUUUCUCCUUUUGGAAAGUCAGGAAAGCAGUAUUCGUGUUGGCCCGUUAUGCUAACCCCUUAUAAUCUGCCUCCAGGAUUAUGCAUGAAAAAACCAUUCACAUUCUUAAGUUUGAUUAUUCCAGGUCCAAAAAGUCCUAAAGGGAAUCUAGAUGUCUUUUUACAACCUCUCAUUGAUGAGUUGAAAAUGUUAUGGGAGUUAGGGGUGCCAACUUAUGAUGUCUCUAAAAAGCAAAACUUCCAGAUGAGGGCUAUGUUACAUUGGACUAUUAGCGACUUUCCUGCUUACGGAAUGUUAUCUGGUUGGAGUACCGCUGGUAAGUUAGCAUGCCCGUAUUGCAUGGAGCAUACAAAGGCUUUUACGCUCACAAAUGGUAAGAAGCAAACUUGGUUCGAUCGCCAUUGCCCAUUCUUAGCAGAAGACCAUCCUUUCCGGCGAAAUAAGAGUUUUCUUACUGUGCAAAACAGUUUUUUACUGUGUGACUUGGUUACUGUAAGACGAAUAAGACGGUCACUUCUCUCAAGAACAAAUAUGGAUGAUUAGGUCUCUGGUGCCUACAUUGGUUGGAAGUAGUAGAAUUAAAACCCUAAAUAAGAUAAAAAUCAUAAAUUAAAACGGUUGUGUAUGAACGUUGGUUAUUAACAAUUUUGUAGUAGUGGAUAGUUAUGUUUGUCAUUUAAAAAAUUAAUCCUUCUUCAUUGUUUGAUCCUUGCAUAUUCAACUUAAGCAUGAGUUCUCAUGGGAUCCGUCAGUAGCUAAGUUGGUUAAGAAGGGAUGGAAAUCUAAGGUAAGUAGGCUCCUUACUGGCAUGGUGUCGAAGGUGCGCAAUCAACCUGACUACAAUGCUGAAUGGUGUCCUCCUACCGUAAGGGAAGAAAUGAUUCGGAUUAUGGAAGAAGAGGAGAACAAAAAAAAAUCAAAUCAAUGUUCAAAAAAUCGGAAUGGAAACGGUGACCAAAAGAUUCACCAUCGACAAGGAUCCAUAUCUACAGAAGAAGUGAGGCUAAAAUUGGCAAAGAAGUUGGGACGUCCGCCAACUCCAUCAGAGGUUUACUUUGAAACCCAUGCAGAUAGUGGUGGUCGAUUUGUUAAUGCUAAGGCAGAAGCUGUGUGGAAUGACUAUAAAAACAGAAAAGAUGCAAAUCUACAAUGAGAGGUUGAGAAUCGAAGAACAGAUGAUGAGUUGUUCCUUGAGGCUACUGGUGGGUGGAGUGACAAGGGAAGGAUAUUUGGUUUGGGAGCAGCAGCUGACUCUUUCUAUGAGAGACCUGAAGAUAGGAGGACAAAAAAAUCACGAUUAAAUUAUGCAAUGGAACAAAAGAAAGAGCUUGCUGAAACGAAGGAGAACCUUGCUCAAACCCAGGAGAAUCUUGCUGAAACCCAAACAAAACUUGCUGAAACUCAAAAACAAUUGGAGGCUCUUCAUGAACAAGUGCGACUUAUUGUGCAAGCCAACAAUCUUUCGGUCACUCCUCCUACUUCUACAUCAUCGCCUUGAGCUGCACUUAUUUGGUAGAUGGAUGACUGCAAGCGUAAUGGAUUGAAGAUUUCUUUUUGGAUUGAAGAUGGAUUUUUAAUUUGCACAUACAUGCCUACAAAGUCUCAUGGUAUUUCAUUAAGCAUGUUUAGUUAUAUUUUUCUAAAAUAUGCCUUAAGUUAGUAUAUUUUGUAAUUAAUGGUACAAAAUAUUAACCUAAGUUAGUCAGAGGGAGCUGCUUUUGCAUAGGGGUAUAAGCUGCUUGUUAGCCACUUUCUAAGCUUAGUUAACUAGAUGAUCUAGUUCUUUUGGGCAUACUUGGAAAAUUUUAUUACAAUGGUUAUUAUUUUGCAA